CCGCAAGGCCGGAAGUGCGCAGGCAGUGCUCGCGGCGGCGGCGACGGCGGCGGGAGGUUCGGUUGUCGCCCGUUGGCCGCGCGGCGCCGCGCUCGGCGGCCGCCAUUGCAGCUUAUUUUCAGUUGCUUUUUAAAGACGGGAAGCUCAUGGUGCAGAUCAUUAUUUCCAGUGCUGGGGCUGGAGGCCUGGCAGAAUGGGUGCUGAUGGAGCUACAGGGGGAGAUCGAGGCUCGCUACAGCACUGGAUUAGCUGGAAACCUCCUGGGAGACCUACAUUACACCACUGAGGGAUACAUUGGCCUGCAGGUUCCAAUUCAUAUGCGGUCCCCUGCUCACCACUGGAGAAUCAGCUCACUGCUGUCUAGAAAUGUUGCGUUGGUGAGCGGACCAUGCUUCAGCAGCACUGACCUGGUCACCCUCUACUGCCAUACCUUCCCCUGGGGGCUGGAACACAAAACAGGGAAGUGCAACCACUUCAGAGAGCCACCAAAUUUCUGCUUGCCUGACCGGGCCUGCAGCUCCCUUCUCCUGGGACUUACUUAG